GCUAAGGGGCGUGGAUGGCGCACUGACCCAGGGGUCGCCCAGUGCCACCAUGGACGCGGCCGAGGUGGAAUUUCUGGCCGAGAAGGAGCUGGUGACCAUUAUCCCUAACUUCAGCCUGGACAAGAUCUACCUCAUCGGGGGAGACCUGGGGCCUUUUAACCCCGGUUUACCAGUGCAGGUGCCUCUGUGGCUGGCGAUUAACCUGAAACAAAGACAGAAGUGUCGGUUGAUACCUCCCGAAUGGAUGGAUGUAGAAAAGUUGGAGAAGAGAAGGGAUCAUGAGCGGAAGGAAGAAACUUUUACCCCAAUGCCUAGCCCUUACUACAUGGAACUCACCAAACUCCUGUUAAAUCAUGCUUCAGACAACAUCCCUAAAGCAGAUGAGAUCCGCACUCUGAUCAAGGACACAUGGGACACUCGGAUGGCAAAACUCCGGGUCUCUGCUGACAGCUUUGUGAGGCAGCAGGAGGCACACGCCAAGCUGGACAACCUGACCUCAAUGGAGAUCAGCACCAGUGGGGCUUUCCUUACCCAGGCGCUCAACCACAUGUACAAGCUCCGCACCAGCCUGCAGCUCACGGACAGCACCCAGUCCCAGGACUUCUAGAGCAAGGCCUCCAAUUGGUAAAGGCUGUGUAGCUGGUGGCCUGCUGGGUGCCAUGUGAGUGCUUCUGGAAAUGAUUUAAGAGAGGUACUCAUAGUUCUGGAUGGCCAUCUAGAAAUAGUUCUAAAUGUAUGAAAAAUACGCAAGGAUGCAAGCAGUGAAUUUGUGAUGCUGUCAGAAGCUGCGGGUUUGUGUUUUGUCCACCAAACUUGGCUCUCUGAAUAGUCUUCAAUCCCACAUCUAUCUCUAGAAGCCAUCUUUUCUUUCUGGGGGCGGGGGGCUUUUUAUUUUUAUGCACAAAAUGGCCGCACAUGACUGAGCGUACCACGUCUGUGAGUGUUGCUUUUAAAAGAUACAAACACAGUAGACGUGGAGGCUUAAGUCUUUCUUUGCUCCUGGAUCUUGACCUCGGGCUAAAUUUAGAAUCUACUGACACUGCUUACAGAGAAGGCUGGCAGAUGGAGUGGCUAGUGAUCUGGAGCUGUGUUUGAUAAGCUAUGCCCUGACAUACAAUAAAAACGAAUCAACCCAAACCUGAGACUCUUUGUGGGAUUUCCGUCCUGUGUAACUACCAAGGGAGAGGUGCAGACCCCAUGGUUAAGAUGACGUGAUAAACCAAGACAGAGGUGGGCACUCUGGGGGCCUCUGUUCUCUUGGCUGCUUCUCUGGUGGUGGUGUAAUGUGUUGUUUCUUGAGAGAUGUUAUUGAGCAGAGGAGUAACACUUAAGACAGUGCUGGGAAGGAAAGUUGAACCUUUCACUUUGCUCUUGGAUUUAGAACCUUAGCAUUUUGAAACUGCUAGGAUCCUCAGAAAUGAUGCUUGCUACCUUGAGAGGCAGAGUGAGAAGCCCCACCGUGAGAAGGCUUUGUAGCCAGUUUUCAACUGUAGAACCUGGCUGUCAAAGGCAGUGGCAUGUGGCCUCUCAAGGGUUUUGUGCAGAGUGUGUGUGAGAGCAACUAGCCCUCUGUCCUGUUGUAUUUAAGUCCAAACCUACUUCAAGUGCUAUUUUCUGUUUUAAAUUGCUACCUGGAUGUCCCUGUAACAAGUGGCUCUUGGUUAUUGUCUGAGCCCCCAAGAGCGAGACACUGAGGGAUGAGACAUGAUCCCAUGAUUGAAGGUGACUGUUCAUUCAUCUCCCUGGGACUUGGAAUCCUUCAGAUUGAAUGUGGGGCUCUUCCCUUGUAGUUGUGGGAAGUCAGGUGUCCUGUGUCUCUUAGCGCUCAUCCUUUCUCAUAACUCUGGCUGAGCUACAGCCUCUGUCAGUUGUUCUGGGCUCUUCUGGCCCUCAUUUUAUUAAUAUAAAAAAGAUUUUCCUCUUAACAUGAUUUAGGAGAAUUUUAUUUUAUUUUUUGAAUGUUGUCAGAAAUUACAGCAAUAUAUUCAUAAAUACCUAAUUACUACAUUCAACAAAUAAUAUUACAAUACAAUGAAUUCAAACAAGUACACUUAGAACAGGUUUAAUUUCACAGCAUCUAAACUGCCCCCAGUGUGGUCGAGGCACGGUCCUCCUCCCUCCCAGGUACUGGUUUACUGGUCUAGCAGGUAAGCACAGGGUACAUACAAGGAACAUACCGGUCGGCACGGUCCUUAGCAGGCAGAGGGAGGGAGUGUCUUAAGUUAAGCACUGGAUCACAGUUUGGGAACAGGCUACAGCAAGGAGGAAGAGUCAGGUUGGUUGCUGCUAAGUGGCUACUAUACACUUCAGAGUACCAGACCCGGUUGUGCUGACCAUCUCCAUCUUGUGGUGGGUCCUUGGAACUUUCUGCCCUUACAUCACAAAGGUCAGGGAAGGGGCUGCCUGUGGUGAAGUUCAGCCGAGUGUUAGGGGUUGGCAGCAUUGUGAACUACUGGAGGGAAACACCAUUCCACCUAUACAUUUACAAUUUCUGGUAUUGUAAUUCUUUGCUACUGGAGGAGUGGACUCCUUUUAAUACUCUUCUGGAUUUCCUUAAGGGUACAGAAUGCUAAAUGCCAAUUAAGUGUGUGAUUUCCUUUAAGGUUAGAAUGUAGAUUAAAGUGUUGAAACUUCCUGUUUUGGUCACUUUUAUCUGAGACAGCGGGUUAGGAUCAUGAUAUUUUAGUUUGUCUCUGAUAUGAAACAAAGAUAUUUUCAAAUUGUCAGCUUGUGUAGCACCAAGUUUUGGGGAAAGCUUUGUUUUUAGUACUGCAAUUAAAUGUGGAACCAUGUGACUUAGCAUUAGAAGAUGUCAUGAGUUUAGAGGACAGAUGGUCUCUUCCAGGUAAUCUAGGAAGACAUUUCCAGACUGAGGUCCUCCCACAAAUACUGACACAAAGCCUGCAUCUUAGAGCAAAUGUGGUGUAUUUCUGAACGGUCCGUGUGAAAUAACUGAACAACAAUGAAAGGCUUCAGCGAUUGCAUAUUUGUCUAUUUUUGUUAAACCCAAAUUGAAAAUAGAUGCUACUGUGUUCUCUCUCACUAGAAUCAUCUGAAAGUAAUCAAAAGUGUUUCAGAUUGUGAAGCUAAUCAGUGGAAGGGUACUGUGUGUUAGCGGUGGUGCCGUUUUGUUUCCAAGAGCUGCUUUCUUGUAUUUUUCUUUGUGCAUGGUGCUUUCCUGGGUUAUGUUUCUAUUCUCUGAUUGUCAGUAUCUCUAGAGCCCAAGAAUACUGAGAGAGCUCCACAGAUAAGUAGGAAGAUGGUGAGGUGGAGUGGUAGAGAAUCUCAAAAGCAAGAUAAAGAUAUGAUUUCAGUCAGAGGAAAAAGUUAUCACUAGUUCAUUGACACAGCUGCCCCUGGGCAGAGACCUUUCUGGAAUGGCCAAUCCCUUUAUCCCACAUGCCAUGAGCUCCCCUUGAUGGUCAAAGGGACGGGGUGUGCUUUUCUCUGAAGUCAUUAUAUCUGCUUUCCCCCCUUUACUCCAGCCAAGGCCAUUACCAAAGCUGAGUACACCAAAAGCAUCCAGACAUGUUCUGUGAUGCAGGAGGAGGGCUAGGAGUGAACUGCCAAGACGUGACUCUUAGGCCUUCAGACCAGAAACAGCAAGCAGAUUUUAAACAGAGAAAUUCAGGAGUAUUUUGCUCUGGUUGUUGGCAGUACUGCUCGCUCUAAACAAACACCUGUCCCCACCUGUGGGAAACGUUCAUCUCAAUGUCUCUGCAGGGGAGGCAGCCCCAGCGCAGCCUUAAAGCUCUUCAAAAGUCAGAGCUAUGGAAAGGAGGGCGCUCGCUGACUGCUGAUAAUACUGGCGGCACUGUUUGUCUGAGUUUGCUAAUAACUGGAAGAUUCUUGGCAGACAUACAAAGCAAACUGUGUGGGAACAGAUAAAGCGACACAAUGCCAUCUGCCAGCAAGCUGUUCUGCACAGCAGAGGUCUGGGCUGAGGGCUCCACCACAGAGCACAGGGAAUAGCCUCCACAAAGGUCAGACAGCCCUUCACCUGACCCACGACCAAGGGGGCCCUGCCUCUGGGAGGUUCAUGUCUCCUCUUCCCCUUGCCCACAGCCAGCCACUGGCCUUGCCCUUCGAUGACACGCUGCCUGGACAAACAACAGCUGGGACGAGGACAGACUUCUCCCCACUGCUUCUCCUGGACGUAGUGACCCCUGUCCUAGCACUGCUGUGCCUGUCACAGUAAGUUCAAGAGGAGGAGAGAGUUAGCUCGGAAAGUGUUCACUCUACUUUUAGGCUCUUAAACAAAGCUUUGCAUCUAAAAUGAAGCCUCUCAAGUUCCUACUUUGCACCUGCUCUCAGACUGCUGUAAAACAGCAUCAGAUCUCAAAAACUGCUCACCUCCAGAAGGUUCUUUAACAAAAGCCCCACGUUGUGUGUGCCACGAGUGCAUGCACAUGAGGACUAACUUGUUCCCACCACAGACUGUCCCCUUCUCACUUCAUAGCAACUCGUCCAAAUGCCAGGGGAGGCAGAGAGGGAGUGAAGGAAGGAGGUAAGAAGUAUGCAUGGCUUUCUACAUCAUUUCCUGGUGCAAAUCAAAUUAAAAAUGAAGUGAUCGCAUAGGCGCCAGUGGUAAGCUCUUUUACUUUUCUUUUUCUUUAAUUUUAAAAACACAUCAAUAUUUCAAUGUCCUGACCAGCAGCAGUACAAACACUAAAAGCAAAGUUUUUUUUUUUUU